AUGAAGCCCUCGUGCGUUGUGGCCUUCUUGUUUGCUUUGGCUUUCAAGGCCGGGGUGUCUGCCGACACCCUUCGGGUCGACGCCGGAACAGACGUCGCGGAUGCCGGAGGAACGGAAACCGCGGAAGCGUGCCAGUCUGGGAGCCUGAUCCAACGCCUGAGCUCAUCCCAUAAGGUGCUGUCCGACACGGAGGCGAUGCCAGCGGAGUCCCUCAAGACACCAGAGAUCAAGGAGAAGAAGAAGAAGAAGAUGAUGAAGAAGCAAAAGUCGGACAAGAAACACGCGGAUUUCAUAGCCUUUCUCGCCGAGGCAAAAAAGGAUGGGCCUGGGCAUCCCGAGGGCUCUGAGUGCGAGCCGGCAGGAGCUCCGCUAUUGGGCGAGAACAGGGCAAAGUUCGAGCUGCUUUCGCAAAAGGUCUCCGCCCUCGACCUGGACCCUGUCCUCGCCCGCCUUGUCAAGAAGAACGAUUACGCGCCCAAGCUUGCGAAGAGGGCCGCUGAUGAGUACCGGAAGUUCCUUGUCUUGAUGGGCAUGGGGGAGACACCGAUCGCCUCCCAUAUGGUUCUCGUCCCUGUAAUUUCGCGCGAGACCAGGUACACGAAGAUGUACGAGCGGGACUGCCAGGAGGUAUUUGGCCACCAGCUGGAACAUGACCCCCUUGGUCAGCAAUUGGAAGAAAGUCGCCUGAAGCAGACGCAGCAGCAGAUCUGUGAUUACUUCGGCAUGGUUGACCGACUUGUGUGGUCGGCAGCAAAGCCAGCUGCUCUCUCGGAGAGCAGGGACCCCUCUGACACAGCGGCCAUCAUGGAUCAGUGGCUGGACCACAUCAACGAGGAGGUUGAACUCCGCAAAGGUCUCCUGGCAGAGAACGUCCACGUGAUGGUGGCUUCGCAGCACACCAACACGGCCGUGACGCACACGGGCCUCGAGAACGCUCUGUCCUUCUUCCACCACUCAGACUCGCCCACGAAGGCAGCAGAGCUCGCGGAGGAAUACCGCAAGUACCUGGCCCUGGUGAGCAUCGGUCUCAGCCCCGUGCCGUCGAAGAAGGUGGAUGAUGCAUGGCACGCCCACAUCCUAAACACCAAAAAGUACCAGGCAGACACCCGCGCUCUGUUGGGCCACUUCCUCCAUCACGAGCCGGCGAACCUUCUCCUGGAGCAGUAG